CCCUGCCAGGACAUCCACCGAGCCCCAGAGCCUGCAGCCAUGAAGGUGACCCUGUGCUUCGGCCUCAUCCUCACCAUCACUGUGACCUCCUGCCUGUGCUGGCCCCUGGGCGCGGGGGGGGACCCCCACCAGCACCCCCCCAGCCUGGUGCGGCGCGACUGGCCCGAGUACCUGUCCCAGGAGCAGCAGCACCUCCUGUCCCGGUUCCUGCCCCACGCCCUCACAGAGCUGAACAACCACAAGGGCUUCGUGCACGAGGACGAGGGGAUGGAGGCCCUGCACGAGCACUACUACCCCGACUGGAUGGACUUCGGCCGCCGCAGCGCCGAGGACGGGGCCGAUGCCGCGUAGCCACGGGGCUGAGCUGACCAUGCACGGCACCCACGCACUCGGUGUGUGUCCCUUCCUGCAAUAAAACUCUGGCACUA